CCACUCUGACAGUUCUCAUAUAUAUACACACUCUCUCCUUCUCCCCUGUCUCAUUUCAUCUCUCUCUCAAACCUAAUCUCUCUCUGUUAAAUCUCUCCCAAAUCUCUCUCGAUCUCUCUGUGUGUGUGUGAAAAUGAGAGAGAUUUUGCAUAUUCAGGGAGGCCAAUGCGGUAACCAGAUCGGAGCAAAGUUCUGGGAAGUGAUAUGCGCUGAGCACGGGAUUGACUCCACCGGAAGGUACCAGGGAGACACGGACAUUCAAUUGGAGCGAAUCAACGUGUACUACAAUGAGGCGAGUUCACAGAGGUAUGUGCCGAGGGCUGUGUUGAUGGAUCUGGAGCCAGGGACGAUGGAUUCGCUUAGAUCUGGGCCGUACGGGCAGAUUUUCAGGCCUGAUAACUUCGUGUUUGGGCAGUCCGGUGCGGGGAACAAUUGGGCGAAAGGUCAUUAUACUGAGGGAGCUGAGUUGAUUGAUUCGGUGCUUGAUGUUGUGAGGAAGGAGGCUGAGAAUUGUGAUUGUCUUCAAGGGUUUCAGGUGUGCCAUUCUCUAGGAGGAGGUACUGGAUCUGGUAUGGGAACACUCUUGAUAUCAAAGAUCAGGGAGGAAUACCCUGACCGGAUGAUGCUUACUUUCUCAGUCUUCCCAUCACCUAAGGUGUCUGAUACUGUGGUGGAGCCCUAUAAUGCAACCUUGUCUGUUCAUCAACUUGUUGAAAAUGCUGAUGAGUGCAUGGUUCUGGACAAUGAGGCUCUCUAUGACAUUUGCUUCCGCACCUUAAAGCUAACUACACCUAGCUUUGGUGAUCUAAAUCACUUGAUUUCGGCUACUAUGUCUGGUGUUACAUGUUGCUUGCGUUUCCCUGGUCAGUUGAACUCUGAUCUCAGGAAGUUGGCUGUAAAUCUCAUUCCCUUCCCCAGGCUGCACUUCUUCAUGGUUGGAUUUGCACCUCUUACCUCCCGUGGUUCCCAGCAGUACCGUGCAUUAAGUGUACCUGAGCUUACCCAGCAGAUGUGGGACUCAAAGAACAUGAUGUGUGCAGCUGAUCCACGCCAUGGACGAUACCUGACAGCAUCUGCUGUGUUCAGAGGAAAGAUGAGCACUAAAGAGGUUGAUGAGCAGAUGAUCAACGUCCAGAACAAGAAUUCCUCUUACUUUGUUGAAUGGAUCCCAAACAAUGUGAAGUCAACUGUUUGUGACAUUCCCCCAACCGGACUGAAGAUGGCCUCUACUUUCAUUGGAAAUUCAACUUCAAUCCAAGAGAUGUUUAGGCGUGUAAGUGAGCAGUUUACAGCUAUGUUCAGGAGAAAAGCUUUCUUGCAUUGGUACACUGGCGAGGGUAUGGACGAGAUGGAGUUUACUGAGGCUGAGAGUAACAUGAACGAUCUUGUUUCAGAAUAUCAGCAGUACCAGGAUGCCACUGCUGACGAGGAGGGUGACUAUUUCGAAGAUGAAGAAGAGGAAGGCCAAGAAAUGUAAUGUGUUGAGCUGUUGCAGUCUUCUGUUGCCUUUUGCGAGUCAUUCUGUUGUCUAGUGCUACUAUGUCCUGUUUAUUUUCUUAAAUACCGUGUGCAAGAAUCUGUUAACAAUUUUUUCUGGCUUUGUGGUUAUAUAUCCAGUACUUCUAUUUGCAGAUUUAUAAGUUGGUAUUGCCUAAUUGCUAUUGGUACAA